AUGGACGUCGACAUCGAGAGCGGAGUGAGUGGCGGCCAACCUAAUGGGCGGCCGCCGGAAGCACCACGCCGACCUACGUUCAAAGAGAAAGUUCUGGGGAAGGUCGCGGUUGAAAAGAGCAAGAUAGUGCAAAACUUGGUGGAAGCAGGAGUCAUGAAGAAAGUGCUUGUGGAUGGGAAUGAUUUCUUUCCCAUGUUCGACUUCCAGGAUAAACAAUCCUAUGCUGAAAUCUGUAAACCCUGGAUAGGGUGCUUGGUGGUAAAACUGCUUGGAAGGCACAUCGAUUAUAGAGUGUUGUGUGAUCGGUUGAAGAUGCUUUGGAAGCCGACAGGAGGUAUUGAAGUCCGGGAUAUCCACCAUGGAUACUUCUUGGUGCAGUUUGAUGUACAGGAAGAUCGAGAGAGAGCCAUGGCUGGGGCUCCCUGGAUGAUCUAUGAUCAUUACCUGGCGGUUAAGCCUUGGACUCCAGAUUUCGUCGCUGCCAACUCCACGAUAAGUACCACUGCAGUUUGGAUCCGUAUCCCAGGCCUAUGCUUUCAGUUUUACAACGAGAGCAUCCUCCUAACCCUGGCCUCCGCUGUGGGAACACAGAUUAGGGUUGACAUGAACACAGUGGAUAUGAACAGGGGCAAGUAUGCAAGGGUGUGCGUGGAGAUUGAACUGAACAAACCGGUACUGGGAAGAGUUGGUUUGUGUGGUGUAUGGUACAAUGUCGAGUACGAAGGGUUGCACCUGCUAUGCUCGAAAUGA